AUGUUUGAGCCAAACCUCCCUACAAAUGAUGCAACCAAUAUAAACUCCAAUGUAUCUAAUCAAUCCAAUCAACAGAACACAGAGCUAGAACAACAACUUCCACCAAUUCUCUACCCCAAACGCAAGCGCAAACGUCAACUAUUCACAAAGGACAUUGAAAAUCUACUAUACGCAAUGGGGGACAGGCCGUAUUCAUUAGACUCAACUGUCUCAGCCCUAGAAGAUAUACUAGUCGACUUCAUCUCACGGUUAUCCCACACAAUGGUUAAUUACGCAUCUUCACAAGGUCGUAAUAGAAUUAAAUUGAAUGAUUUGGCAUUUGCGUUACGUAAUGAUCCGUUAAAGUUGGGUCGAAUGUUGUAUAUAUUAGAGCAGAGCCAUAAGAUUGAAAGAGCUAAAAAGUUGUUUGAUGAAGAGCAAGGAGGACCGGAUAAGAAAAGGGAUAUGUUUGGUAAAAUCGGCGAUGAUGAUGAAGAUGAAGACGAUGGGGAUAGUGAUGGUGAAGGUAGAGAAGGCAACGGUGUUGGUGGAGACGGCAAUGGUGGUAAUACAACUGGAAAGAAAAAGAAGAAGGUUGAAUUGGAUGAAAAUGGUAAGCCAAAAAAAAGGAAAUAUAAAAAAAGAAAACUUGAAGAUGGUUCUACGAAAGGGACAACCGGAUAG